GCAGCGAUUCGAUCACAGACGAUAGAGCGAGGCAGAGGCGACACAGCGCAGCGGCACAACGACGAGAGAGGAUUACGCUAGAGGAACGAGACAGCGAGCGAGAGAGAGAGAGAGAGAGAGAGGAGAGAGGAGAGAGAGCUCUGUUACUGAACGGAAGGAAAGAGGUGACGAGCCGAUCCGACGUCGAUAUGCAGAUGACCUGUUGUCACUGCUACCUGUUGUUACUCGCCGGGCUAGCGGCACUCGCGCUCGCGCUUGCCGAAGAUACGAACGAACUCGGCAAUGCCGUCGAUAUAGACGCGCCGCACGAUGACAAGCGUGGAUGGCACGACCUGGGGCACGCAUACGGCAAGCGCGCGGGCUGGCACGACCUGCAGACGAGCUGGGGUAAGCGCGACAACGACGCAGACGAGCAAGAGAAGCGCGGCUGGCACGACCUGGACACGGCCUUCGGAAAACGCGGAUGGCGCGAUCUGAACACGGCCUUCGGAAAGCGCGGAUGGCGCGAUCUGAACACGGCCUUCGGAAAGCGCGGAUGGCGCGACCUGCGGAUGGCGUUCGGCAAGAGAGACGCCGUCGACACAGCCGAGGAUCAGUUGGUGGCGGACGAGGAGAAGAGAGGCUGGCACGAUCUGAACACCGCCUUCGGCAAGCGCGGAUGGAGAAGCUUAAACAGUGCGUUCGGCAAGAGGGGCGAUAACUCGGCGGCCAUAAUCGAAGAUCUCAUCACCGAGCAGCUCUUCGAUGAUAUUGAUUCCGACGGUGACAAAUGCAUUGACAGGAAGGAACUGCGUCUACUUGUCAAGAAGCUGCUCGCUGGGGAAUUGUAGACGACGGCGAGCGAGAGAAAGAGAGACAGCGCGAGCGACGAGCUGAUAACAGAGAUCGCUUCGCUCAUGAGCAGCGCGUUCUGCGCGCCGCCGCCUAACCCAUAGACCAGGGAAGCAGCAAGCUUCAAUCAUAUACCUUCUCCUCCAGUGGAUCGCUCGCCGCCACUCACAGAUGCCUUCUUCAACCCUAGUCCAGCAUCUCCACACCGCACCGGAUCCGUAUAGAUUGUCGCGUGCGGAGUUUCACCAGCCGGAACCAGUUAGAAAUAGAAUACCACGCGAGCGAGAGAGAGAGCGCGCGCGUGUGUGUGUGUGUGUGCGUGUGCGUGACGCCAGAGGAAGUCAUGCCCAAGCGCCAACGGCACAUUAAUUAACUAUAAAACAACGUUGUUUCGUGAGACGUACGCUUACGUGUUUGCUUGUGACAGUGGUUUGUUAUAAGGAGCUCUAUUUAGUUCUAUGCACCUUUUGGAACGACGGCGAAAUGCUUCGAUAUUCUCGUCCAUGAGAAAUUUAGCUUAAAUUUAAACGUGAACGCGUGAGUGAAAAUUUUUUACACUCUAUAAUUUUUAUUCGCGGUACAUGUAGAGUUCUCAGUAGAAGCAUGCAUACCGCGUAUGUCAAUGUAUAAAGAGAAACAGUAGCGAUACCUAGCACAGGUGACAGAUUCAUUCGAAAGGCAGCAUUAGCAGAGUUUCGACCGCGACUGGAAAACUGGUAAUAUACUACGAAACAUCUUACAUUGACUGACGACGUGAGUUUUGAAUGUCCUACUGUUUUUUUGCCAGACCCUUCUCGUGAGAUUCCACGAGAUAAUUCUCGUGAGAUUUCACGAGAUAAUUCUCGUCGCAUUUCACGAGAUGGAGCAGUCGGCACACAGUAUGCCGGCAGAUUCAUUUAUGCCGAGUUUAACGCGCGCAUUAUCAUACACUUACGAUUCGUAAUGAACUCUGAGAGAUUUUCUAUACAAUGUGUCAUGUGCGUUGUCAUAUUUUCUCGUCGAUUGUUCAUCCACCAUAAAUUUCAACAUCCACACACACGACGAAGGGGCAAAGGCGACUGGUACACCUAGCAUAGCAUCGCUACAGUGUCUUUCUUUAAGUAAAAAAUAAAUGUAUGGAAAGGCUUUCUUAUAAAUAAACACCGAGUGUUAGGCUCCUAUAUAGACACUCAGUCUGCACUCGUCAAGGAGUUA